AUGGAAAGCGGUGAAAUUGGCGAUUCGCAAUUGUCAGCUUCCACCAGUUUUGAUAUAAUUAGUGUCGGACCACAAAAUGCCAGGAUACGAAAAGAACUUGCAUCUGGUGCUUGGUGCCCAAAACCACAAAUUAAAGCAGGCUCAUAUGAAUUCUUGGAAGUGAAUUUCGAGCAGGUAUAUGUGAUAACAGGAAUUGAAACACAAGGUCGUUACGGGAAUGGGACAGGUCGAGAAUACACGACACAUUACAUGAUUGAAUACUUAAGAUUGGAUAGCUCAUGGAUAAAAUAUCAAAAUAGAGCGUUAGCUGAAGUGCUUGACGGUAAUGAAGAUACAGCAACUGUUGUACGACGAGACCUGGAUCCACCAAUUGUUGCGUCACAAAUUCGAAUUGUGCCUUAUUCGACGUAUGCAAGGACAAUGUGUCUCAGAGUGGAAUUUUAUGGAUGUCCCUACAAUGAUGCCUUAAUGUUUUACUCGAUGAAUAACGAUGGUUCUAGAAUUGAUAGUUAUGAUUUUCGUGAUAAGAUUUUUGAAAAAUCAAAUAUGAUUAGUCAUUUCACGAAUAAUAAGAAAGGUUUAGGACUCCUCACAGAUGGUAUCAUUGCCACAACAAAUCCGUUGGACGAUAUCACCGGUAGCGAAAAUAAAAUACCAGCAGCAUGGAUUGGAUGGAAUCAGCUGAUAACCAAUGGUUCGGUGGAGAUUGUCUUUGAAUUUUCCGAGAUUCGAAAAUUCACAUACCUUGAGAUUUGGUCCUAUGGAACAUCAUUGCGAAUGACGGAAAUAUUUUUUAGCACAAAUGGCAAGAAAUUUGCACUCGCUUCACAAAUUUCAUCCAUACAAAGAAGACCAUUAGAUGCAAUGCGCAAUGUGCCAAUACGAAUACCGCUCCAUAAUGCAACUGGACAAGCCUUAAAAAUGAAACUUAGCUACAAGGAUCAAUGGUUGUUUCUGUCUGAAAUACACUUCGCAUCAAGCACUGUUAAAAAAGCAACCGUAUCGACGCGAAUUCCUAUCACUAUCACUGCUACUACCACUGUUAUCAUCACCAGUUCUGGACCCGGUAUAUUCAAUGUAACUUCCUCAACAACAGUGGAAGAACCCAUUGGUAUAUUUCCGGUUGUUUAUUUCAUUGGUUUGGUAAUUUUAUUCUUGCUCAUAACUUGUGUACUGUGUGGAAUUCUAAUCUCACGACGACAUGAACCAAAUCCAAAAAAUCAUAACAAUGGAAGAGCAAAAAUUAUGGUGACAAGUUUGGGCGAGAAAGGUUUUUGCACAAAUUUUUGCGACGCAAAUGACAUUGACUAUCAUCAGGUUCAAAACAAUGGCUUCUAUGCUGAUGAAAAAAAACUGGCAACUGUAAAUAAACGAACCAAAAGAUCACCGUCAUGGUCCGAUUUUCAUUUUCCGCCUCCACCUUCAGAUAUAUACGGUAUCAAUGAAUCAACAACAAUGGAGCCAUUACUGUUACCUAAAAUUCCUGUAUCACCUGUUGUUCCCAUUGUACGAACCUCAAAAGUUGACCAAAUAAGGCCCAAGAAGAUUAACAAUGGUGACAGCUUACAUUAUGCUACUGCGGCUGUUCGAGUUUCCGAUUUCAAAGUGAAACGACGAAUUGAAAAAUUCAAUACAAAUCAGGCUGUGUUAGGCUCUGAACUUGGCCGUGGAAGGUUUACGGUGAUUCGAUCGUGUUCCAUUGAUAGUAAUAAUUAUGCCGCAAAGAUAAUAAUAGAUAAAAAUAAGCAAGCCAUGAGUAUCUUCAACGAUGAAGUAAAGAUAUUAUCGAAAAUUGACCAUGAAAAUCUCAUCAAGUUGUACGGUAUCGAUGAUAAUUCAACAAUGUAUCUUGAAUUAGCACUAUACGGGAACGUACGACAGUAUUUGGCUCAUGAGCCUGAAGCCAACUUCUUAAGCAUGUUACAAUUAGUGGUUGAAAUAGCCGCAGGGAUGAAAUAUUUGGAGCAAAGGCAAAUUGUUCAUGGUCAUCUGUCACCUCAGUGCAUUUUGAUUGAUCAGAAGAAAACGGUCAAAAUCACAUCACCACGAGGACAUCUUCAUCAUGCUCAACUUCGUUAUAGUGCUCCAGAAUCUGUCAUUGCUAAUGAAUGGAGCAAUAAAAGCGACGUUUGGUCAUUUGCGGUGACAGCUUGGGAAGUUUUCAAUGAUUGUACGAUGAUACCAUUUGCUGAAUUGACAAAUGCUCAAUUACUUGAGAAUGCUAAACAUAUCUAUAGUGGACUUGAUGCGAUAUAUCUGGAGCUUCCUAUGCAUUUACCUCAACAGGUAUCGAAUCUCAUUGGCGAAUGCUGGCGAAGGAUACCAAGCGAUCGACCAACAUUUCUUGAAAUUCAUUACAUUUUAUCGAUGAAACAUUCGGGUGUACCUAUUCCUGAAAAGGGUAAUGCAGCUAUUUUAUCUUCCAUUACUAUAUAA